AUGAUAAGUAAUGGCCACUCGAAGGCCAAAUCAGAAGCGGACGGUCCAAGUGGGGUAGCCGAAGUGGCUCUCAGCGAAUUGGCCAAUGCUGAACAGGAAGCAUUCCACAAUAAAUUUCUUGUCCUGAAAAACAAUGGACGAUCGAUGGGAUGUGGUGAAGCAUGGCAGUGGUAUGAGGCACACAAGGAACAAUUCAAAUAUCCCGUUUAUGUCCCUUUGUUGUCUAUCACUCUAGUUUCCGAAGAAGCCGGGAAAUACCUUGAAAAUAUUGUUGCGCAUCGGGAUUUCCUGAUGUUCAUAUUUGGUUGCGCCGAAGAUGAAUCGUUGUUAACCGAUAAAAGGCAUCCGUGGAAAAUUAAUUCAUGUAUAGUGAGUAAAGAGGAGAUUGCGAAAUAUGCAACAGAUGAAGCAAUAUCGGCAGAUUUGUGCAGUCUCGGCUUCACUUGCAUGGCUUCCCAUUUGUACAAUGCGCCAGAUCCCUUACGAAAAAUACCUAUUGGAAGUCAGGGUACCGAAAAUCGCCUGGAUGAAGUUUGUGAAAAGCUGCGGAGUUCAUAUCACCUAUUUUUAACGAAUAAGUCACGGGUUUGUUCAUUUUAA